GGCGGGGCUUGUUUUUUUCUCUCAAUAACCUGGGAGAGGAGGCGGGGUUUGCAUGGCUAGCAAGUUCGGCUGCGCGUAUCGUGUGUGAGUGAAUGUGAAAAACUCCCUAGAGCCCCCCCCAAGCAGGAAAGAGAAGAGCAAAUAUGGGGAACGUUUUAGCUGCCAGUUCUCCUGCGCCCCCGUCUGCCGGAUCUCCCCCAGCCCCUGGCUUAGUGACGGUUCCCCCUGGAUUUACUAUGCCCCCGGUUUCGGGCAUUGGCCCUGCUGCUGAGAAGAAAGAACCACAGGAAGAGCGGUUACCUAAUCCUGGCACCUUUGAGGAAUGUCACCGUAAAUGUAAAGAGUUAUUCCCCAUGCAGAUGGAAGGAGUGAAACUGACUGUAAAUAAGGGGUUGAGCAAUUAUUUCCAGGUAAAUCACACAAUCUCACUCAGCACCGUUGGCGACUCAAAUUAUCAUUUUGGAGCCACAUAUGUAGGAACAAAGCAGCUGAGCCCAACUGAGGCAUUCCCAGUAUUAGUAGGUGAUCUGGAUAACAAUGGCAGCCUGAAUGCACAAAUAAUUCAUCAGUUAUCUCAGCACGUUAGAUCAAAGGUGGCAUUACAGACUCAGCUGUCCAAGUUUGUGAACUGGCAGAUAGAUACAGAAUACAGAGGAGAAGAUUUCACCGCAGCAGUCACCCUGGGCAACCCGGAUGUAUUGGUGGGAUCUGGUAUCGUAGUCGCUCACUAUCUGCAGAGCAUUACUCCUAAUCUGGCAAUGGGAGGUGAACUAGUCUACCACAAGCGUCCUGGGGAGGAGGGAACAGUCGUGUCUCUAGCAGGAAGAUACACAGCUCCAAAUUGGACGGGAACACUCACACUAGGACAGGCCGGAGCACAUGCAACGUAUUACCAUAAAGCCAAUGAUCAGCUGCAAGUAGGAGUAGAGUUUGAAGCCAGCACUCGGAUGCAGGACACUAGUGUCUCCUUUGGUUACCAGUUGGACCUCCCCAAAGCCAACCUGCUUUUUAAAGGUUCGGUGGACAGUAACUGGGUAGUCGGGGCCACCUUAGAAAAGAAGCUCCCGCCGCUGCCCCUCACGCUAGCCAUGGGCGCCUUCCUCAACCACAAGAAGAACAAAUUCCAGUGCGGCUUUGGCCUGACCAUCGGUUAACAUCAGCUUCUCGUGCACAGCUUGUGGUCUCCCCUCCGCAGCCAGACAUGUGACCUCCCCCUCCUGCUUUCUGAAGGCCCCCAACCCUCCAGAUCCUAAACUUGCUCUUCCUCCCCCCCCCCCCCCAAUACUCCUGCCAGGCACAUUUUUUAUAAAAUUUAAUUUUAUCAUUGGGGCAGGGGAGGGGCAGUGUAGGACCUGUCUGUGAAUAUUUAAUUGUAGGUACCUAGAAUGGAGCGCGCUGGCCCUGUCCUUGUCUCCAUCUCCCCUUCUGUUUUAUGUAUGUUCUGGAUGGGGGAUGGGUCUGUCCUUCCUACUCCUUGGGAAUCGUUUUUAUUUUAUCGUCCCUCUCUUCUAAGCCAUUCGUUGGGUCUUCCCAAGUGUGAAUCUAGAGGUGGUGGUGGUGGGGGGGGGGUCUUCAUUAUGUGGUGAGUUCGCUGCCUGUAUACCUUUCUGCUGCAUCUUACUAGAGAAUUGUUGUGUCGAGGAGGGGGGGGGGGUCUGUUCUGGGUCUUAGCGGAGCCCUGUGUUCUUAUGGACCAGUGGUCUCCAAAAAUGUGGACCUCCAGCUGUUGCAAAACUACAACUCCCAGCAUGCCCGGACAGCCGUUGGCUGUCCGGGCAUGCUGGGAGUUGUAGUUUUGGAGGCACACUACUUUGGGAAACACUGUUAUAGACCUUGUGCUGCUGCUGUCGGAGGGGGGGGGGGGGGUGAGUCCUGCCGCCGCCUGAUCUCCAUCUUUAGGAGCGUGGAUGUAAAUCAUGUUUAUAAGUUAUAAAGAGAAGAAACAAUAUGACAUUGAUCUUUUACACAAAACACAUACGUAGCCCAAAGCGAAGUCCUGGCCGGGCCUGUACAGUACCAAUAAAGUGACUUCUGCAAUGGGAAUCUUA